CCAAUCUGUGGAGUCUGUGCUGCUGUGACCUGCUGCAGUUUAGUCAACGAGAUAUCCGAGCUGGUUAAAACUCGCACCGAGGACGAUAUGAGAUUAUAUGUGACAUUUUAGACACAUAUGUCUUCGAGGAGGCGGCGCGUGCUGUGACCUAUCAGAGGUCAUCAUGGAUUAGCUGUAGUUCAGUGGCUGUUCUCCAGGCAGUGUGACUGACAGCAGGAACUGGGACAAGGGACUUUGGUGCUACUAACGUUAGCUAGCAACACAACUUAGCUAGACGUUUUGAAUCAGCUUUACGGCUGCGACAGUUGUUGUCUAGCGUUGGCGUUAGCCCUCAGCUGUCGUUGGCUGCUGCUUGCUAAUGUGUAGCUAUAGUUAUUGCCUCCCAGUGGUGGAAAAAGUAUUCAGAUCUUUUAACGAUUCCUGGAGUAGUUUGAGAUCUGUGAGCGAUUCUCAAGGCAACAUGGCUCCCAAGGACAUCAUGACCAACUCUCACGCCAAAUCCAUCCUCAAUGCCAUGAACUCACUUCGCAAGAGCAACACACUCUGUGAUAUCACACUGAGGGUGGAGAACACAGAUUUUCCGGCGCACCGGAUCGUCUUGGCUGCCUGCAGUGACUACUUUUGUGCCAUGUUCACCAGUGAGCUCGCAGAGAAGGGGAAAUCUUUUGUCGACAUUCAGGGGCUCACUGCAGCAACUAUGGAGAUCCUUUUGGACUUUGUGUACACAGAGACGGUGCUAGUUACAGUGGAGAACGUGCAAGAGCUGCUUCCUGCAGCGUGCUUACUGCAGCUCAAAGGGGUAAAGAGAGCGUGUUGUGAUUUUUUGGAGAGUCAGCUCGAUCCUUCCAACUGUCUGGGCAUUCGCGACUUUGCUGAAACUCACAAUUGCCUCGACCUGAUGCAGGCCGCUGAGCUCUUCUCCCAGAAGCAUUUCUCCGAGGUGGUUCAGCACGAGGAGUUCAUGCUGCUCAGUCAGACAGAAGUCGAAAAGCUCAUAAAAUGUGAUGAAAUCCAGGUGGACUCAGAGGAGCCUGUGUUUGAAGCCGUGUUAAACUGGGUCAAACACAACCGCAAAGAGCGAGAGCCCUACCUGCCAGACAUGCUCGAAUUCGUCCGACUGCCACUCCUGACCCCCCGCUACAUUACAGAUGUCAUUGAUGCCGAGCCCCUCAUUCGGUGUAGCCUGCCAUGUCGAGACCUCGUUGAUGAAGCCAAGAAAUUCCACUUAAGACCGGAGCUGAGGAGUGAGAUGCAGGGCCCACGCACACAAGCAAGAUUAGGUGCCAAAGAAGUCCUGUUGGUUAUAGGUGGGUUUGGCAGCCAACAAUCACCGAUAGACAUAGUUGAGAAAUAUGAUCCGAAAACACAAGAAUGGAGUUUCCUUCCUAACAUUGCACGGAAAAGACGUUACGUCGCCACGGUGUCUCUCCACGAUCGAGUUUAUGUCAUCGGAGGCUAUGACGGACGGUCGAGGCUCAGCUCUGUGGAGUGCCUGGACUACACAGCAGACGAGGACGGUGUUUGGUACACGGUCGCCACCAUGAAUGUGCGCCGUGGCCUCGCUGGAGCCACGACACUCGGAGACAUGAUCUACGUGGCUGGGGGCUUCGAUGGCAGCCGGCGUCACACCAGCAUGGAGCGAUACGACCCUAACAUUGACCAGUGGAGCAUGCUGGGAGAUAUGCAGACUGCCAGAGAAGGAGCUGGUCUGGUGGUGGCCAGUGGACUCAUAUACUGUCUAGGUGGAUACGACGGACUAAACAUCCUAAAUUCAGUGGAGCGGUAUGACCCACACACAGGCCACUGGACCAGUGUUACACCCAUGGCCACUAAGCGGUCAGGCGCUGGUGUGGCAUUACUCAACGACCACAUCUACGUGGUGGGAGGCUUUGAUGGUGUUUCACACCUCGACUCUGUGGAGGUUUACAACAUCAGAACAGACUAUUGGACCACUGUAGCCAGUAUGACCACGCCUCGAUGUUACGUAGGAGCAACUGUCCUCAGAGGACGUCUCUACGCCAUCGCCGGAUAUGACGGGAACUCUCUCCUCAGCAGUAUUGAAUGUUACGACCCGGUCAUCGACUCCUGGGAGGUUGUCACUUCGAUGGCGACGCAGCGGUGCGACGCGGGCGUCUGCGUUCUACGAGAAAAGUGAUCUUUGCCAAGAAGAAGAACCUCAAGAGGAAAAGCAGACGGGAGGACGGGCAGCUAGACUAAAAUGCCACAAAAACAGAACCACACAAAGGGAGAUGUUUGUUUGCCAGUAUGCAAAUAGGUACUCUUGAAAAAAGUACAGCAGUUUGGGGGCUGCCUCCUCGACAGGAUGGUCAACCCUUCGACAGUCGGACUGUGCAACAGAGAUUCAGCUUCGCCGUGGUAGACUUCACCUCCGAGGAGCCCAUCACCACUUGCAUGACUCUCUUCGGUGGUACUCGUUGCUGUCGUUACCUGUGAGAUUAUUUUUUCAGUUUGUCUUCAAAGUGCAAUAUAUUUCUACUCAUCAUAAGAAAACGUGAAUAGACGGAGUUGAUUCAGACUCCAGUUGCUGCUAUAUGCCUUAUGACUUUGGCCUACAUCAAACAGUGAACAUCCGUGUUGCCUCCCAUUUGACUUUGAUGAUCGUUACACUACAUUGGCUUCUUAUCGAGCGCACUCAUUCGGCAUUUGCGAGGUCAUUAAUGGGUCAGUACUUCAGCCCUUUUUGUAAUUCUUUCUGUAAUCAGUGCUUUUAGACUCAAAUCACUUUAAUACAGAAGGUUUAAUACUUAUCGUUGCUCUCAGAAUAUAUAUUUAGAGAUCAAUAUCGUUUUAGAAAAUGACUGAAUUGUACCAGCUGAUUAUUUUGUCCCUGAAAACCACAAACCAAUAAGUAUGAGGUGCAUGUUUUUUGUUUUUUUCCCUCAGCUUAUAAAUCUGGACAUGUACAUGUAGGACACAAAGUCCCAACAUCACUGUUGCCUGGGAAGUGAAUAAACACUCUGAGAACUGA